AUUCGUCAAGCCACGUGAAUCAGUCCAUUAAAUUUGCAACCCCGCAGCGAAGGACCUAGUUUAUGAUCACAAUUAAAAGUCACAAUUAAAAAUCACAAUUUGUUCCCUAUCAAAAUCCAUCGCCUUCCAAUUCAAUCAAUGUGGUGGCUGAGGCUCUAUAGAAAUGGCGACGGGUCGAUGCUUCAAUUCCUCUAGGGCAACCAUGGCGAGGAAGAAGGUGAAGCUCGCGUGGAUCGCCAACGACUCCACGAGGCGGGCGACGUUCAAGAAGAGAAGGAAAGGACUGAUGAAGAAGGCUAGCGAGCUGGGCACCCUCUGCGACGUCAAAGUUUGCGUGAUCGUGUACGCGCCGCAGGAACCACCGCCGGAGGUCUGGCCGUCGGUGACCGACGCCACCUGCGUGCUCGCGCGCUUCAAGAGAAUGCCGGAGACGGAGCAGAGCAAGAAGAUGGUGAACCAGGAGGCGUUCCUCCUGCAACGCGUCGCCAAGCUCCGGGAGCAACUCCGGAAGCAGAAGCGCGAGAACCUGGAGCUCGAGACCUCGAUGCUCAUGCGCAGGGGACUCACUGACGGCGCCGGCUUGUGCGAGGUGGAGUUGGAAGCCAUCACGAGCCUUGCGUGGAUGGUGGAGGCGAAGGUGAAGCUCGUGCGGGAGCGGAUGGAGCAAGUGAUCAGGAACCAACGCAUUUUGAUCGUCGGCCUCCGGAAAGCGGAGGAGGAAAGGCCGUCGCGGUGGUCGGAAGGGAGAAGGCGCCGGCAGAGGCAGCCAGUGAAAUGUGGAGUUCGUACCCGGAAGAUAACACUGGCGCAAGUGAGAGGAGCUUGA